AUGCGCGCCCUUUCCCUCCUUGCCGCCCUCUCGGCCGCCGGCGCCACCGUCACCGCUUCCCCCGUCGGCCCUGCUCACGCCCCACGGGCCCUCUCCGACUCCAACCCCUUUGUCGGCAAGAAGCUCUUCGCCAACCCCAAAUGGGCCUCCAAGCUCGAGGACACAUACAAGGCCUUCACCUCCAGGGGCGACUCGGAAAACGCAGCCGUAGUCCGCAAGGUCCAAAAGAUCGGUUCCUUCGUCUGGGUAUCUUCCCGCUCCGGGCUCUCCGAGAUCGACGAAGCCAUCCAGGCCGCUCGUGCGGAGCAGAGCCGGACGGGACAGAAGCAGAUUGUCGGGUUGGUGAUGUACAACAUACCUGAUCGCGACUGCUCUGCGGGCGAGUCGGCGGGUGAGCUGAGCACCAAGAAUGACGGACUGCGAAUCUACAAGGAGCAGUUCGUCAAGCCGUAUGCGGCCAAGUUGGCGGCGGCCAAGGACUUGCAGUUUGCUGUGGUGGUGGAGCCGGACUCGUUGGGAAAUUCGGUGACCAACUCUGCCGUCGAGUUUUGCAAGCAGGCGAUUCCUACCUACCGGGAAGGUAUCGCUUUUGCCAUCAAGAGCUUGCAGUUGGACAACGUGGCGGUGUAUUUGGAUGCUGCGAAUGGUGGAUGGUUGGGCUGGGGUGAUAGUUUGCCCAAGGCCGCCAACGAAAUCGCCACUAUCCUCUCCAUGGCCUCCCCCGCCAAAGUCCGCGGUUUCUCCACCAACGUCUCCAACUACAACCCCUACCUCGCCACCAAGCGCGACUCCUUCACCUCGGGCUCCCCGUCCUACGACGAAUCGCACUACGCCUCCUCCCUCGCGCCUUACCUCCAACAACACGGGCUCCCUGCGCACUUCAUCAUCGACCAGGGCCGUGUGGCUUAUCCGGGCGCCAGGAAGGACUGGGGUGACUGGUGCAACGUCAACCCGGCUGGGUUUGGCCAUAUCCCCACGACGGAUCAGAGCGUGCUGCAGAACUCGAAUGUCGAUGCGAUUGUGUGGAUCAAGCCGGGUGGUGAGAGUGAUGGGCAGUGUGGAUUGACGGGGGCGCCGAUUGCGGGAGCGUGGUUUGGUGGGUAUGCGGAGAUGUUGACGGGGAAUGCGGAUGCGAGUGUGAAGAACAGUUAA